AUGGUCCCGCCAGCCCAGACAUUCACCCGCGAUGAGGUGCGGGAGCACACCACAGAGGAUUCACUUUGGUGCGUCAUCGACAGCAUUGUCUACGACCUGUCCGAAUUCGUAAUUGCCCACCCUGGAGGGGAGAGCGUCCUGCACCAGGUCGCCGGACAAGAUGCCACGACGGCCUUCUACAACCUCCAUCGGCAAGAAGUCCUUGCCAAAUACGCUGAUCUUGCUAUCGGCACAAUCAGGGGCGAGAAGCCGCAAGUCAUUGUCCCCAAACCCGGCGACCUCAGCCCUGUUCCCUACGCUGAGCCGUUGUGGCUGGUCCGGCAUUUCAAGAACCCGUACUACAACGACUCCCACCGUCGUCUGCAGAAGGCCUUGCGCGAAUUCACCGACGAGCACCUGUUCCCAGAGGCCCAAGAGUGCGAGACCACGGGGCGGCUUAUCAGCCAGGACAUGAUUGAACUCAUGAGCAGGAAGGGAAUUCUUCACAUGAGACUUGGCCCCGGGAAGCAUCUCCAUGGCGUCGACCUGAUGGAUGGCGCUGUCAAGGGAGAGGAAUUCGAUUACUUCCAUGACAUGAUUGUGUCCCAGGAGCUCUCCAGAACCAUGACCCGAGGCUUCCAGGACGGCAACAUGGCAGGCAUGACCAUUGGCCUGACCGCCGUGCUCAACUUCGCCAACAAUGAGGCGUGGAAGAAGAGCAUUGCGGAGCAGGUCUUCAGCGGCAAGAAGAAGCUCUGCCUGGCUAUCACGGAGGCCUUUGCCGGCUCUGACGUCGCCGGUCUCAGGACAACGGCCCAGAAGACGGCCGAUGGCAAGCACUAUAUUGUCAAUGGGACCAAGAAAUGGAUCACCAACGGCACCUUUUGCGACUACUUCGUCACGGGGGUCCGCACAGAAAAGGGCCUGAGCGUCGUCGUAAUUGAGAGAGGCGAGGGUGUCGAGACCAAGCCCAUCAAGACGUCGUACUCCCCCGCCGCCGGCACCAGCUACGUGACCUUUGACAACGUCAAAGUUCCCGUCGGAAACCUCCUGGGCGAGGAGGACAAGGGCAUCCGCGUUAUUCUCAGCAACUUUAACCACGAACGAUGGACCAUGGCCUGCGGCUCCGUCCGAAACGCCCGCAUGAUUGUCGAAGAAUGCCUCAAGUGGGCCAACCAACGUCUCGUCUUCGGCAAGCGCCUCAUCGACCAGCCCGUCAUCCGUAAUAACCCCCAAACCCGCAUCAGGCUCGCCAAGAUGAUUGCCCUCGUCGAAGCCAACCACGCAUGGCUCGAGACGAUUACGUACCAAAUGUGCCACAUGCCGUACGAGCAGCAGGCCCAACACCUCGCCGGGCCGAUUGGUCUCCUAAAAAUGAGCACCACCCGCGCCGCACACGAAAUUGCCGACGAGGCCGUCCAGAUCUGGGGCGGCCGUGGACUGACGCAGACUGGCAUGGGUAAACAUAUCGAAAUGUUCCAUAGGACCUAUAAAUUUGAUGCUGUGCUCGGAGGUAGUGAAGAGAUCUUGUCAGAUCUGGGCGUCAGACAGGUUUACAAGAACUUCCCCAAGGCAAUGUUGUAA